AUGAUGGGUACCAUGAGGGAAGGUCAAUUGUUAUAUAAGAAUGUCACUGGAUCCCAUUUGAGAAUCAACGGAAGGCUUUGGUUUUUCUAUAAUCUCCCAGACUCUUUUGAUGUUCCGCAACCAAUUUGCUCCACGAUAUGGUACAGAUUUUAUAGGCUAAAAAAAUUAGGUUACUCGGUUGACAGGUAUGGUGUAUUUGCUGUCUAUGAAAAGAUGAUGCAAGAUAGCAAGGGUAACAACAACCAUGGGAAUUCGUUUCCUAUCUUGUACUUUUGUAAACACCAUGGCAAAGAUAAAAAUAAAAGCAUAGAGGCCGCACUAUAG